AUGUCAUCAUGCCCAGCAUGCCGUCCCGGCCUCCCGGCGCUCCUCCCACGCCCAUCAGCUCCCCUCUCCGCCACGAAGCGGGCUGUUCAUCGGACAAGGCCUGCCCACUCCCCCUUCAAGCUCUCCUCUCCUGCCUGCCGCCGUCGUGCUCGGGUCAUCUCUUCUUGCCACGGUGGUAUGGUAGAAAGGAGACUAAUGUUGAUUCCUGCUAUUAGUCUCACCAUUGGCUCCCUUCAGUACAGUCUAGAGAAGGGAGCAGCAAAAGCUGAAUUUACUGAGAUGCCAGCGCUCCGUGGGAAGGAUUAUGGGAAGACAAAAAUGAGUUAUGCAGAUUACACUAAAACAGAGUCAGGCCUCCAAUACAAGGACUUGCAGGUUGGAGAUGGCCCAUCCCCAAAGAAGGGAGAGACAACAGUGAACCUGAUCACAGUUGCAGUUUUCCUGACGGAUCGCUUCAUUUCAUCAGUUGUGGUCACUGAUCUCUACGAUCUGGUUGCAGAUAUGGAGAUGGACGAGUGCCUGCACAACUGGCGCGACGAAAAGACCAAUAGCACCGCCUGCAGGGUACAACAUCCAUCAUUCCUUCUCUGA